AUGGACUCUGAGUUCCGUCUGGCGCUGGGCUCCACUGGCUCGGUGGAAUUGGAGCACCAGUGCCACGUCGGGUCUCGGCUGCUCGGGACGCUGAGUCUCCACGAAUUUCUCGGCUGCACGCCCUAUUCCGCGAAGUCCAACGUGCUCUCGUCCGUGUACGGGGCGCCCUAUGCCGCGGCCGCAGCAGCGGCCGCCGCCGCCCAAGGCUACGGCGCCUUCCUGCCCUACGCGGCGGAGUUGCCCAUUUUCCCGCAGCUGGGUGCUCAGUAUGAGCUGAAGGACAGCCCCGGGGUGCAGCAUCCGGCCGCAGCCGCAGCGUUUCCGCAUCCACACCCUGCCUUCUACCCGUAUGGCCAGUAUCAGUUCGGGGACCCGUCCCGUCCCAAGAACGCCACCCGGGAGAGCACCAGUACUCUCAAGGCCUGGCUCAACGAACACCGCAAAAACCCCUACCCCACCAAGGGCGAGAAGAUCAUGCUGGCCAUUAUCACCAAGAUGACCCUCACCCAGGUGUCCACCUGGUUCGCCAACGCGCGCCGGCGCCUCAAGAAGGAGAACAAGAUGACGUGGGCGCCUCGCAGCCGCACUGAUGAAGAGGGCAACGCGUACGGGAGCGAGCGCGAGGAGGAGGACGAGGAGGAGGACGAGGAGGAUGGCAGACGCGAGCUGGAGUUGGAGGAGGAGGACACGGGGGGCGAGGGCCUGGCGGACGACGACGAGGAGGAAGAGAUCGAUUUGGAGAACUUAGACGGCGCGGUCGCCGGGCCUGAGGGGUCCCUGGCCGGGACGGCGCGUAGGGAUGGCGACAUCGGCCUGGGAACCAUUUCGGACUCCAAAAAUAGUGACUCCGAAGACAGCACUGAGGGCUUGGAGGACCGACCACUGCCAGUUUUGAGUCUGGCCCCAGGACCACCACCGGUGAUGGCUGCGGCUACACCAUCUCCGCCCUCGCCCCCCGCAGGCCUGGACCCUUGCGCUCCCGCACCAGCGCCCGCCUCUGCCCUACAAAAGCCCAAGAUUUGGUCCCUGGCCGAGACGGCCACAAGCCCGGACAACCCGCGCCGCUCGCCUCCCAGCGCAGGGGGUUCUCCCCCUGGGGCAGCCGUAGCGCCCCCCGCCCUGCGGCUCUCUCCCGCCGCCGCAGCCGCCGCCGCUGCCGCGGCUCACAGACUGGUCUCGGCGCCGCUGGGCAAGUUCCCAGCGUGGGCCAACCGGCCUUUCCCAGGCCCGCCGCCCGGCCCACGCCCGCACCCGCUCUCUCUGUUGGGAUCGACCCCUCCGCACCUGCUGGGACUUCCCGGAGCCUCAGGCCACCCGGCUGCGGCCGCCGCCGCUGCCUUCGCUCGGCCCGCGGAGCCGGAGGGCGGAACAGAUCGCUGUAGUGCCUUGGAAGUGGAGAAAAAGUUACUCAAGACAGCUUUCCAGCCUGUGCCCAGGCGGGCCCAGAACCACCUGGACGCAGCUCUGGUCCUGUCUGCUCUCUCUUCAUCCUAG